AUGGGUCUUAUGGUGUUCAGGGACAUGAGAAAAGGGGAUGUUGCUCACGGUGAGGGAUUAGUUAGGAAAAUGUUGAAAGAUGGGUUGUUACCUGAUUCUGCUAUUUAUACUUUGAUUAUUGAUAGGCAUUUUAAGAGAGGCGAUAUGGAUAGGGCGCUUAAGUAUUUAUCUGAGAUGCUUGCAAGGGGCAUUAGACUUGAUAUAGUGACUUAUGGGGCUUUUAUAUGUGGGCUUUGUGCUGGGGAUAAACUGGAAGGCGCAGUUGAGUUAAGGAUCAUAUGGUCAAGAACGGAUUACCUCCGAAUAAUAUGA